AUGAGCUUCCCCGAGAAGCCUCUGCCUCGGCAGCAACCGCAUUCGCCCAGACAGCCUGGCGUGCGUCUGAGAGUCGAGAAGAUCAGGGACAAGGCCCUACAGACACAGCUUAUCUACGCCAAUGUUGCAGGCGUCAGCUACCGAGACUUUGCCCCGAGCCGCGACGGUACCGACAUCAACAUCCUCAUCAGGGCCAGAGACCCUGUCCGUGGAACAGUACGAGAGAAUGUCGUCAGGGCUCGCCCCACACCCGAACUCCCCGAGGGAACCAUCAGUCUUUCCGACCCCCAGCGGCAAUGGCUCAAGAUUGGAAUGACCGACACUUUCGAGGGCGAGGUUUACGAUGCCAGCAGACAAGGCGCUACCCACCUCGAAGCCAUGGACCUGGAGCUGUCUUGGGCCUCGAUGAAGAGAGAUCCAAACUACGAGUUCACACACGAGUACUUGGCCAAGGUCUUUGAGCGCUUCUUCCAGAUGCACUUCUUCGCCCCCGGUCAGCGCACCCUGCUCGACAUUGAAGGCCUCAAGGUGUUUGCUACUGUCAAGACCAUCACCUUCCAGGGUGGUCGCGGGCCUGAAGCCGUUGUCACAACCUCCGAUCCCUCUGCCCGUGGCUUCUACAGCACCGCGACCCUGCUGUCCUUCUUCAAGGCCGCCGACUCGGAACUGAAGCUUCAAGUUGGAGAGCACCAGGGCAACGCCAACCCCAUCAUUUCGCCAGACUUCAAGUUUGAGGACAUGGGUAUUGGUGGUCUACACGACGAGUUCUCCACCAUCUUCCGCAGAGCCUUUGCUUCCCGUGUCUUCCCUCCGCAGCUGGUAGCGAAGCUGGGCAUCCAGCACGUCAAGGGUAUUCUGCUCUUUGGUCCUCCAGGAACCGGAAAGACGCUCAUUGCCAGACAAAUUGGCAAGAUGCUCAACGCCCGUGAGCCCAAAAUCAUCAACGGCCCCGAAGUCCUCAAUAAGUUCGUCGGACAGUCUGAAGAGAACAUCCGAAAAAUGUUUGCCGACGCUGAGAAGGAGUACAAGGAGAAGGGCGACCAGAGUGGCCUUCACAUCAUCAUCUUUGAUGAAUUGGACGCCGUCUGCAAGCAGAGAGGAUCUGGCGCUGGCGGUGGUACUGGCGUCGGCGACAGUGUUGUUAACCAGCUUCUCACAAAGCUCGACGGUGUCGACCAGCUCAACAACAUCCUGCUCAUCGGUAUGACCAACCGAAAGGACAUGAUCGAUGAGGCUCUGCUGCGUCCCGGGCGUUUGGAAGUCCAGCUGGAGAUCAGUCUGCCUAAUGAAGAAGGGCGCAAGGAGAUUUUCAUGAUUCACACGGCCAAGAUGCGAGACAACAACAUCAUGGAUCCCAAGGUCGACGUAGCAUCGCUGGCAGCCCGCACCAAGAACUACUCCGGUGCCGAGAUCUCCGGUGUCGUCAAAGCGGCGACUUCGUUCGCUUUCAACCGCCACACUGAAGUGGGAAACAGCGCCAAGAUGAAGUCGGACGUCUCUGCGAUGAAGAUUACAAUGGACGACUUCGAGAACGCGCUGAUUGAGGUCAAGCCUGCCUACGGUGUUUCCGAGGACGAAAUCUCCAACGCCCUUGGCAUGGGAAUUUUGCAGUUCAACGACAACAUCCCAGCCAUUAUCCGUACAAUGAUGGGCUACAUCGACACCGUCAAGGAAUCAGAUGUGCUCACCAGAAUCCCGGUCCUCCUUCAUGGGCCGCCCGAGUCUGGAAAGACUGCUCUGGCCGCGCACACUGCCUCGCUGUCCGACUUCCCAUUUGUCAAGCUUGUCUCGCCUCAGCACCUGACUGCUUUCCGGGAUGAGUUUGGAAAGAAGGACUAUCUCACCAAGGUUUUUACCGACGCCUACAAGUCGGAGCGAAGCAUCGUUAUCUUGGACAACUUUGAGCAGCUGAUUGAAUGGAACCCCAUCGGACCUCGCUUCUCCAAUACCGGCCGUCGUAUCCUCAUCAUGGUCACAACAUCAGAACGCUUCAUCCUCAGCAACUUAGGAGUUCUCAAGCACUUCCGUAGACAGAUCCCCGUACCCGCUGUCUCAGACGUUCGCGAACUCGCCUCGGUUUUGGAUCAAACGGGUAUGUUUGGUGCAAACGAUGUCCAGGCCGUCAUCGGAUCCAUUCAGAACGACACCCGAUCCGAAAAGAUCGGUCUUGGCAUUAAGACGAUCCUGGAAUCCAUCGAGGAGUCCAAGGUCGAGGCAUCUUCGCAGGGUACCGACAUGCUGGAGAGCGUUGCAAACAGAAUUGUGACGGCCAUUUCCUCCAAUGCGUUGGAUGGUUAG